UGUCUUAAAUUAUAUUUAAAGAAAAAUAUAUUUAAGAUAUAGCCAAGAAAAUGGACUUGAAUAUUUAUUUUGAUCAUGGAAUUACUAGCCAAAUUGGAUUGUUUUGGCAACAAGUGAGAGCACCAUUACUUGUGCCAUUUCUUAAAAUUACGGUUAUUUUAUGUUUGGCAAUGUCUUUGAUGUUAUUUGUUGAGAAAGUUUAUAUGGGAAUUGUCAUAGUAUUUAUCAAGAUUUUAAGGCAAAAACCAGAAAAGAAGUACAAAUGGGAGCCAAUAAAAGAUGAUUUGGAGCUAGCAAAUUCUUCUUAUCCUAUGGUAUUAAUUCAAAUACCAAUGUAUAAUGAAAGAGAGGUAUAUCAAUUGUCUAUUGGAGCUGCUUGUAAUCUUUCAUGGCCAGCUGAUAGAAUUUUAAUUCAAGUUCUUGAUGAUUCAACUGAUCCUAUCAUUAAGGGAAUGGUGGAACAAGAGUGCAAGAGAUGGGCAAGUAAAGGAGUGAACAUCAAAUAUGAAAUAAGAGACAAUAGAAAAGGGUACAAAGCUGGGGCAUUGAAGGAAGGAAUGAAGCAUAAUUAUGUGAAAAUGUGUGAUUUUGUAGCCAUAUUUGAUGCUGAUUUUCAACCUGAAUUUGAUUUCUUGUUGAGAACUGUCCCUUUUCUUGUACACAACCCCGAAAUCGGACUCGUUCAAGCUCGUUGGAAAUUUGUGAAUUCUGAUGAAUGCUUGUUAACAAGAAUGCAAGAAAUGUCACUUGAUUACCAUUUCAAAGUGGAGCAAGAAGUUGGAUCAUCAAAUCAUGCAUUUUUUGGCUUCAAUGGAACUGCUGGAGUGUGGAGAAUUUCAGCUCUUAAUGAAGCUGGAGGAUGGAAAGAUAGAACAACAGUGGAAGACAUGGAUCUCGCCGUUCGAGCCGGUCUCAAAGGCUGGAAAUUUGUCUACGUUGGUGACUUAAAGGUGAAAAAUGAAUUGCCAAGUACUUUCAAGGCCUAUCGUUAUCAACAGCAUAGAUGGUCUUGUGGACCUGCUAAUCUUUUCAAGAAAAUGGUUGGGGAAAUUGCUUCAAAUAAGAAAGUCUCAAUAUGGAAGAAGUUUUAUUUGAUCUACAGCUUCUUCUUUGUGAGAAAAAUCAUUGCACAUAUUGUUACAUUUAUAUUUUAUUGUGUUAUUAUGCCUACCACUGUUUUGAUCCCUGAAGUUCAAGUUCCUAUAUGGGGUGCUGUGUAUAUUCCUUCAACAAUUACCCUCCUCAAUGCUGUAGGGACUCCAAGAUCAUUCUAUUUAUUGAUUUUCUGGAUCUUGUUUGAGAAUGUAAUGUCCCUUCAUCGAACGAGGGCAACGUUCAUCGGACUAUUUGAGGUAGGGAAGGUCAAUGAAUGGGUCGUGACGGAGAAAUUGGGAGAUGGAAUCAAGGCAAAAACGAGCAUGAAAGUAUCCAAGAAGUCUCGUUUUCGUAUUGGAGAGUGGUACAACAAGGUACAUUUCGCAGAGGUUUUCGUAGGGUUGUACCUUAUGCUUUGUGGAUGGUACGACUACUCGUUCGGAAAGAAUAGAUUCUACAUAUACUUAUUCUUGCAAGGCAUGGCCUUUCUUGUAGCUGGAUUUGGCUACAUUGGAGUGUUUGUUCCAAAUUCUUGAAAGUACUACAACAGU